UUAAAUCAGUUGUUUUAACCUAAAUUUCAAAAUGCUGUGUAUUAAAUUGUUUUCUCUUUUCGUGCUUAUCCUGUGCUUAAUGCCCGAACAGUCGCAAGUAACGGCCACAUUUUGGUUGAAAAAGUGUUUAUUAAAACCCUGUCACAAUUACGAACGCACAAUAUAUGCCUCGGAUAGUAAUAACUGUUUAGUGUACCGGAAUUCUUGUCACCUGAGAAAUGAUAGUUGUAGACGUCGUCGUGCUAAUGAACCAAGUUUGUCUGUUGUAACUAAAGAAGCUUGUCAAGCUAAGUGCACCCAAGAUUGUGGUACCGAAAAAAUUCCCGUAUGUGGUGAAUAUGCUGGUGUGUAUACAACUUUUGACAAUAAUUGUGAAUUAUUGCAGACAGCCUGUAUCAAUGGACAAUCCAUUAUUAAAGUACGAAAUGGUGAAUGUAAUGUACAGGAAUAAUAAUCCUUAUUUGACAUCAAAGUAAUUUGUUUUUGUAAUACUUAUAUUUGUAUUAAUAAAUUAUUAGAAAAAACUAUGCAG